AGCAUCUGGUUCAAUGGAGCAAUUCUGAAGGCUACGAACACGGACCUAAACAAAUGAAAGUAGCAAGUUUCGACUGCCAAUUGUUUAUUUGUUUAUUUUGACAUGAAGGGAAGUUCCUUUAAAUAAUAUUAAGCAGGUUUAGUGCCUUGUGCUGGUGAAGAUUAGUCUUGAGCAUUACGUAUUCUGGAUCUGUUAGUAGACGAUGGCAUCACAGUGCAGGACACAGACUGCAGGUAAUACUAUGGCUGCUGCAGCAGUGACUGGAGCAAGGAAGAAAUCAUCUGGUCCUAAGUUUGAAUUAACAGAAGAACAGAAAGCUGAUAUAAAGGAAGCAUUUGACUUGUUUGAUGCUGAAGGAACUGGAAAAAUAGAAACAAAAGAACUAAAGGUAGCGAUGAGAGCUUUAGGAUUUGAACCAAGAAAGGAGGAGAUUAAGAAGAUAAUUACUGAUGUCGACAGGGAAGGAACAGGUAUUUUGUCUUAUGAUGAAUUUCUUGGUCUAAUGACUGUAAAAAUGGCAGAGAAAGACUGUAAAGAAGAAAUCCUUAAAGCUUUCAGAUUAUUUGAUGAUGAUGAAACAGGAAAGAUCUCUUUCAAGAAUCUGAAGCGUGUUGCAAAGGAGUUGGGCGAGACCCUAACCGAUGAAGAGCUGCAGGAAAUGAUUGACGAAGCUGACAGGGAUGGAGAUGGUGAGAUAAGCCAAGAAGAAUUCCUUCGAAUCAUGAAGAAAACAAGCCUAUAUUGAGUUAAUCAUUCCGUGUUUUUGUGUUGCAUUGUCAUAUUUAUUUAAAUGUGUUGGAUACCGACAUGUCUGUCAAGAUAGGUUAAAUAGUCCUCAGAUUGCUGUUUCUAGAAACACCAGGUUUGUCUCAAUAUGUAAAACAUAGUUAUUGUGCUGAAGUGGAAGUGAAGAAUGAAUAUAUUUUUGUUACACACAGUGCCAUAUUCAAAUGUUUGUAUGCACAUAUUGCUACAAUAUUUACAGUACAUAAAACUUUAGUUUCUGGUCUAAUGUAAUCAUAGCUUGUUUAUAUCAUAACAAAUUUGUCUAUAUUAUAGACUUUUACAUAAACUUCCAUGUUUCUGCUUCUCAUCAAUAAGAAAGUACUAUUAACAUUUUAUGUAUGAAUACCAUUUGACCAUUAUCCAUUGUCUGAGAUACUUGAUGCACAUGGAAUUUUUGGUGUUGGCUGUGCCCCUUUCUUUUUUGUUAUUAGUGACUAUGAUCAAGAUCAGACAAGGAUAUUUUGAGUCCUAGACUAUUAUACUAACCACUAGACCAUCAAUGGGUGAUGUCCAACUUAGUUUUUCCUAUAAUGAAUUAUUCGUUGUUAUGAACCUUCUGAGAAUUAUGAAGUCCUGUAUGCCCCUUUUGCACUUGAAAAAAUUUCCUUCGAUGUUAUUGUGGUUAUGUAAGUGUAUGGUGGCCCCAUUUCAUCAUGCAUGUACAAAAAUUUGUUUUUGCAGAAAUAUCUCAACAAAGGCAUACAUAUCGAGAAACAAAUUCCGUUGUUGCUGUACUGAACAAGUAUCGAUAAUGGGAUUUGUUCAUGGCAUUGUCUGUAGGUUUUCUCAGCCUUGAAAAUUAAAAAAAAUAUAUAAAAAAGCAUUACAAUACUAAAGUGGGUCAAGACUAUGCACGUUUCUUUGUAUAUGAGGCUAAUACUCCACACUGAAAUGUAAAAAUAUUCAGUUAUGCAGCAGUUUGUAUCAAAUAUUUGCCUUAUAAAUAAACAUGGCCUAACACAAAUCAUGAAAUGAAACUCUUUCUUCAUAUGACAUGUAUUUCUUAUGCCAUGGUUCCUCAGAAGUGUCGCAUUGGAUCACUUUUCUAUAGUACAGCACUUUCAGAUCAUCUUCACUAAUAUACGACGAAUUUGACAAAAAGCUGUGAAACCUUGUGACAAGUUUGUCAGUCAGUUACCUAUAAAACUUUUUAAUGAUUUUCUUUCCACACAGAUCAUAAACUGAAAACAUCAAGUUGGAGUAAAAUGAUGUUUUUAUUUGAAUAUGUAAUAUUUGUAAUUCUAGUCAGUUUCACUGUAUGUUUCAAAAUGAAAGAAAUUGUAAUGUAAUUAUUGCUUUCCCUGAUUAUAUAUGCAGAUGUCACCAGAAUGAAGUAAAUAAACAUUGCAAAAUUUUUGUAA